CUCACCUUUGAUACCAAACCUAUGAUAUCAAGCAAACUUUAAAUAGUUAUAUUCUUUUGUGACAUUAUUUAUUCAUAAGAUGAUCCAUAAUUACUUAAUGAAGUGAUUAGAACAUACGAGACAUCAGAAUUUUUGCAAUGGAUAACUACGCCAAUCCUCGAGAGACCUUCUGGAGGACAGCCUCCAGAAUCACAGUAUCAGCACACCUUUUCGGGAUCUUGGCAAACAUACUUAUGCUUAUUUGGUUGUUGCAUUAUCGUGAAGGAAUUAACCUUGAUUCAGCAAGUCCAUAUCGUAUAUUCAAUGUACAUCCUUUCCUUAUGUUAUUUGGAUUCAUAUUCCUUACUGGUGAAGCAAUGAUGGCAUACAAGACGGUUCCAGCACCGAGACAAACACAGAAGUACUUACAUAUGUUCUUGAACCUUUCGGCUCUUGUUCUAGGGAUUGUGGGAAUACAUGCAGCAUUCAAGUUCCAUGAUAAGAUGAAUAUAGUUGAUAUGUAUAGCUUGCAUUCUUGGAUUGGCAUCGGCACUUUAUGCCUUUUCAUCUUGCAGUGGAUAUUCGGGUUCAGUUUAUUUGUGUUUCCAAAAGCAUCAGUAGUAACAAGGUCGAUGCUAGCCCCGUGGCAUGUUUCUGGUGGAAGAAUUUUGUUAUAUAUGGCGAUAUGCGCAGCUGAAACAGGAUUGAUGCAGAAGUUCACAUUUAUGCAGCUCACAAAUAACAGAGAAAGUUAUUUGAUCAACUUUCUUGCUUUGACAAUCCUUUUGUUUGGGAUCACAGUUGAUCUUUCUGUUUCUCUUGGCCGUUUCGCUUGAGCAUCAUCGUGUGAUAUAUUAUUGCUUCUUUUUCCUUUUA